GUUUCUUGCUUUCGAGAGGCGUAUCGACGGCCCCCCUUUAUGGGAUAGCAUGAUUACAGCAGCUCAGACGUCACGGUGAUAAGAAUUUCUGACGAAUUAUGACCCUAGGCAACUAGGGUCCGUAAACAAGGUACCCCAUUUGGAGCUGUCAACUUGGGAUUUCCAUAGCUUAUAGGUCUACCACCACCUUGACCUCUCUCUGUGUCCACCAUGGCCGAUACCACCACAGAAACCCUCAUAGGUCUCCCUCAGCCCUUCGGGGUGUUCUUGAUUGCCAUCUGGAUAUCCUUGGUAUUGUUCGGAAUCAUCGUGGUCCAGACAUGGAACUACUUCAGUUCGUUUCCCGACGAUCCUCUCUGGCAGCGCAUCUAUGUCGGGUCCAUUUUCACGGUCGAUUUCCUCUGCUCGUUCUUUCUCCUUUGGUGGAUGUACGACCUGCUGAUCAACGACUGGGGCAAUUUUGAGCCGUACAGCCUUAUCCACUGGGCUCUCAUAACAGAUCCUCUAUUCGAAGGCCUCAUUGGACCCAUGGUACAGGCGUACUACGCAUGGCGAAUUCAUGUAAUCUCUGGGACAUGGUGGUUGAGUGGGCUCGUCAUGUUGUGCUCCCUCAUGGCAGUCGGUGGGGGACUUGCUGGAACUAACGCUGCGGCCACGUUGAAGACCUUCCAAAACCUUGCCGAAGCCAAGGUGGUUGUCAUUUUCUGGCUUCUGCCGCCGGCCGUCGCAGAUAUUAUCAUCGCCUUCUCCCUCACGUACUAUUUGCGCCAACACAAAGGACGAUUCGAGGCGAGUGACAAGGUUUUGGAUAGGAUCAUUCGCAUGACCGUCCAAAAUGGUCUCCUGACAGCUGUUAUUGCCGUUAUCGAUAUCAUUAUGUACUUCACAGUCACCACUCCUUACCACAUCGCCUUCACAUUCAUUUUACCCAAACUCUAUGCCAAUACGGUCCUCUCGUCGUUGAACUCGCGUACUGCGAUUCGGCGAGACCUCAGCAACCGAUCCGAUGGUCAUGGCCUGUCUUCGGGUGGCGUCUCUGCACUACAUCGCACUCAAGCAUCCGGGGUUAUUGUCACGGUCGAGACUCAUGAAAUGCAAGAUACCGUGAAGCGCAACGUGGAAUGGGACCACACAUCAGCAGAUACCAAGGUCUGAAAGGACCUAUCACCUCUUCGGCAUGCAAGGAUACCAAAAUCAUGAUGCAUCUCGUUAAAAAAAGAAUGU